GUUCUGUUGAGCCUUUUUUGCGUAGCGGGGGUUUUUUUUUUCAGAUAUUAAAUCUGACUCUAAUUUUUGGAAUAUUAAAACAACCAAAAGCUGAUUGAAUCCCACAAUGAACAACACCAUGGAAAACAGAGCCGGAGGCAAAAAUCAAGACGACAAGGUUGAUAUCAAGAGAAUGAGGGAAGCUCUUGCCAAACUUAAAUUCACUUUGUCUCUGCAUUACCAAAAGCUUGCCAAGCCCAAAGUCCAAUUUGUAUGUUUUUUGGGAAAAUUGGCAUAUUCACUGACUAACCCCCAUAUUGUUAUGGGUGCUAUGUUCUUGUUCUCUAGUGUGAUAAUUCCAUCAAAGUUUAGCGUUCUUGAUUUGCUUGACUCUCAAAAUAAACCAUUGCCGAAAGACGCCGGGACAUGGAUUUCCAUUCUUGUAGCCUUGGAUUUUUUUUCUGAGAUAUAUGGCCUAUUCAAGUCAGGAACAAGGCGUUUCUUCCCUAGUCAUAUCCUUUGGGUAUUGUUGAUUCAGGGAUUGAUCAAGCAUGUGGUUAUAGGGUUUGUGCUAGGAAACCAAAAUGGAUGGUUGCGUUUGCUUGUAUUUAGUUCUUAUUUAUAUCGUACUAAACAAAACAUUCGCUUUUAGCAUAGUUCUGUUUGAGACAUCAGAGGUGGCGGUCUACACAAUUGAAAUGUUUUCAAUCAUAAAUAAAGAAUCUAAGGCACCUGGAAUAUCAUCAGUGCAUCAUUUGUUAGGUUCAUUUGCAAGUAUUUCUUGACAGAAUAUUAUGUUAGUUCAUAUUAUCAAACGUCGGCUGUAAAAUACGUGAUCUUAUUGGGUUUGAUUUUCCAAAUUCUCACUUUUUCAAAACUUCAAGACAAUUUAAUCACCAUCAAGACUCUUCAAGCAUCCAUAAAGUUGCUCGUCUUGGUGAACUCCCUAUGUAUUAGAGCGCAUGCUGAUGAACGUACGGCGUGAAUAGAGACUGUUCCCUCAUGCCAAGCAAAAAAUCAUGUUUU